AUGGACAAUUGUCACAACUAUGCCACCACUUCGAAAAAAAGAAGGAUACCGAUCUCUGACGAUAUACAUAUUAUUAUUAAAAAAUUUCGCGAUAAAGACAAACAUGAUGAAAAGCCAUCAACAUCGGGCGACCAUGACUACGACGAUGACCAUAGCAUGGACUCGGAGGAGCUACGGCGAGUACGGCACCAAGAACCGUCAUCGUCGUCUAAUUUAGUCGGUGUCACGUCUAACAGCAACAGCAACAGUACAACUUGCCCCUCUGGCAGCACUUUACAAGCGGUCGGUCUCGGGAGUAAUCACACGGUACAGGUGCAACUGCAACCUCAGCAGCAAAUUAUCAUUGGACAGUCCCACACCGGACUAACCGCCAGCAGUAGCGCUAACUUAGCAUGCCAAAGCAGUAGUAGUGGAGGAACCGGUGGUGUAGCCACAAACACAUCAGAGGACAUCAAGAUGAUACUGAAAAAGUUGUCCAACAUCGAAGACCUGUUGAAGGUGGUUGCCGAACAGAGUUUGAGCCGCUUGACAGCUCUGAAACAAGAAACGGGAGUGACUCUCACGGCAGCGCCCGGUGGCCACCUAACCGCAGUGGAAACAACUCCAGUUAUCCACCAAACGACACCAUCGGUUUCAGAUAACGAAUCGUGUUUCAAAUUUCCGAUUCGUUCAUUAAAGGAGUUAAUUGAGCUUAAUAAGAGCAUCUGUGGCGACGAGUCACUGUACAACAAGUUGUUCGAGCAUCUCACCAAAAUAAGACUGGAUUGUGACCAAAACAUCGUCAUCAAUGCACUGACGUCGAUCGUUAGCGACGAGGUGCUCGAUGCCGUUACGUGGGACACUGGCAAAAAGUUUAAGUUGUCCUCGGUCGUGCUAUUUAGCGAUUCGCUGUACGUCGCCUGGUUUAAGGAUAAAAUGAAGUACGAUGAGUACGUGACCGAGAUGAAAGAUGCCAUUGAGCGAUCGCACAAGCGCUAUGCCAAGGUUAAAACGAAACGAAAUCAACAAAACAGCCAGUCCUUGCAACAACAGCAGUCUGCAUCAAUCAUGCACUCUCCUCUAGGAACUAGUAACAGUGUUAGCGCAACAGCUCCAACUGGCCCCGUCAGCUCGAUUAGUUGCGAUAAUAGUGCGUUAAUACUAAAGAUGGAAUCUCUUGAAUAGUGAAAAGCAAUGUUGUCCCUCGAGAUGACACUGUUCUGUUGCUAUCGCAUAAUUUUCCUAGGAAAAAGGAUCUAGACACAGUUGAUUGAACUAGUUUGCCUCUCGCCCUUUUCAUAUGCCGCAAUAGAGCGGCACAUCGCACUUGUGUUUCAGUUUGAUUGUUAUUUUUGCAUACAUUUUCACCUUUAUAUUUGGCAUCUCAUAUCGAUUUUUCGGCCAGUGAGUCCGAAGUAAUCAUGUGCUGCAAAUAAUGCAUUCACUCAAACCAUCAUAUUUUCAAAAACUUAUAUUUUUCGUAAAGCGAAAGAUGGUGUAUUUUUCUACAACCGCAAAUUAGAGCAGUUAGGGACGAGCAGGAUAAAUGCGCUACAGCAGAGGAAGAAAUACGGUGGCACCACCGGUAUCUGGUGGAAGCUGUUUUAGUUAUAAAUUUGUUUCAUUUUGUUUUGUUUUGUUGUUAGCAUAUUCUGCUAGUGUGUCCUUUUUAGUAAGCAAGAUCAUAGAAAAGAUAAAAUAGUAACUAUUCAACAACAUCAAAAAAUGCACUUAUUUUGAAAUCAGCAGACGACGAAAGUGCAAUACAUAUAAGUAUGCGGAAAAAGUUUAGGUAUAACAUAAAAAGAUACGAUGCUGUAAAACAAAACUCAAAAAAAUAAAACAAAACAAGAAACCCUCAU